CCCCGCUUUAUAAGGUGUGACUGAGUGGCGGCGGAGUGAACUUGUGAGGAAGAGGAGGGCGAGAGAGGGAGCUGUGCUCUCUUUCCCUCGCCGUAACACCACACAGCACUUCACCACCCCACCAUCCGCCUUUUGGAUAUAAGACUCUUUUUAUUUUUUGCUGCACCAGCAAGGAGGACGCUGUUUUUGGGUUUUCCAUUCCUGUGGACUAGUAAGCCGUCAUGGACUCCUGGAUAAAGUUCAUCUUGUUCUCCGGCUUGUGGUUCACACCGGGAGCGGAGUUUGACGGCAGGUCGGCAAGGCAGAUGGCGUCGUCCAACGGGCUGUGUCGAUAUGGCACCAGGGUGGACUGCUGCUGGGGAUGGACACGCCAGUCAUGGGGGCACUGCCAGCCUUCCAUCUCCUUAAUUCGCAGGCUAGUCGGGAUAAGGUGCCCCAAGCCCCAAGCGCUGUGCCAGCCAGGCUGUAAACACGGAGACUGCGUGGGACCAAACAAGUGCAAAUGUCACGCCGGUUACACGGGGAAGACCUGCAAUCAAGACCUGAACGAGUGCGGACUCAAACCCCGGCCCUGUAAACACCGGUGCAUGAACACCCAGGGCAGCUACAAGUGCUACUGUCUAAACGGCUACAUGCUGAUGCCUGACGGGACAUGUGGAAACCUCCGCACUUGUGGCAUGGCUAACUGCCAGUACGGCUGUGAGGUGCUGAAAGGAGAGGUCCGAUGUCAGUGUCCGUCACCGGGGCUACAGCUGGCACCGGAUGGCAGAACCUGUAUGGAUGUCGACGAGUGUGCCACCGGGCUGGCAGUCUGCCCCAGGUGCAGGAAAUGCAUCAACACCUUUGGUAGCUACAUCUGCAAGUGCCACGAUGGCUUUGACCUGCAGUACGUCAACGGGAAACACCAAUGUAUCGAUGUGAAUGAGUGCUCUUUACACCCGAGUCGCUGCAGCAGCUUCGCCACCUGCUACAACACGCGAGGCUCAUACAAGUGCAAGUGCAAAGACGGCUACAGGGGGACGGGACGCGACUGCAAACCCAUUCCCAAAGUGGUUAUCGAGCCUCCCAGACCACGCAAGCCUCCCCCCAGCCAUCACAACCACAUCCCCGGCAUCGACCACAGAAGGACCACCACCACCACCACGUUCCGCCCAGUUGUGACCCGAAGACCAGCAUUGCCCGUCGCACCCAAAACGACGACCACCACCACCACAAUCCGCCCAGUUGUGACCCAAAGGCCAGCGUUGCCCGUCGCGCCAAAAACAAACACCACCUCACGCCGCCCAGUGGUGACCCAAAAGCCAGCCUUGCCCAAGAGCACCCCAAGAGCAACGACCGUUACUACAUCAACAACGACAAAGCCGGCCACCACUACCAAAGCAACGCCAACUACCAGGAGGCCGCCUGCUCCCACGCGCAAGCCAGAACAUGGGGACAACAGCAUCAACUGGAUCACCAAUAAGCAUCAUCGAGGAGACGUCUACAUCCCACGUGUCCGCCCGGAGGACAUGCUGCAGGAGUAUGAGGUCUUGCUUGGUGAUGAGGAUGAUGAACUCAACGAUGAUGCAGAUUCAGGCUUCCUGAGCUGCUCCUUUGACGAUGGCCUUUGUGGCUGGAUCAGGGAUGAAGGCGGAGAUGUGCACUGGGAGACGACGCCUGACCCUGCAGGCGGUCGCUACCUCACUAUACCGGAAGUGAGCAACAAGAGGACAGGAAGGGGGGCGAGGCUCGUCAUCCCGUUGGCCCCUCCCUGGAACGAGGGCAACCUGUGCCUGUCAUUCCGCCACAAGCUAGCGGGCCACCAUGUCGGCAUGUUGCAAGUGUUUGUGAAGAAGGGGACGCAGUACAAUCCAUCCGUGUGGGAGAGCACGGGGGGAAACCGCUGGAGGCACACCCAGAUAACACUGUGGGGGAAAGGCCUGGAGAGCGUGGUGCUGAAAGGCGAGCGUGGGCGGGGUAGAAGCGGCGAGAUGGCGGUGGACGACAUCUCCCUGAGCAAAGGCUCCUGCACGGACGAGUUUCUGACCCCAGAGAGGAAAAGAAAAUCAUCUCAAUGAGACAAUGGGACUUUUGUUUUCACCUGGCUGACGCCCCCGUGCUGCCGACCCAGUGAACAGCACACGUGCGCUCGUCUCGAGACAAAGACUGAACUCAGCAUCAGCAUCGUCCUAUGGGGACGCCUGCAUCCAUGUGGUUACCAUGGAAAUGUUCUGCACCUACAACACUCCUCGCUAGGGUUAUAUCAGUGAUGGCCACUGGGGGUUUCAUUCACUUCCUGCUCUGAUCAGCUAAACAUGACAGCAAGGUCCCAACAACAAGAAAGGCAUGGUCAAUGAGUAAUUUGGGCAAACAAUACAUACAUGGAAUAUCAAUUUACAAGAAGUACAACAUUAUAAGUAAAGAAAGAUGUGUAUAUUUAUGAUAAAACAUGAUUUAAAUAAAAUAGAAUUAAUAAUUACAAUACAACGCAUCAUCGUGAGAACAAGGAUUGAACUGCAGCAACCGAAGAUAUGAUAUGAGAACAAAGAUAGCAUUUCACAAGGAAAAAAAAGUCGUUAAAAAUUGAAUACAAAUUUACAAUUUUUUAAUUUAAUUUUAUUUUAAAAUUAAAUUAAAAAUUUAUUUUUUUUAUUUAAUUUUAUUUUAAAAUUAAAUACAAAAUGUACAUUUUUUUAAUUUAAUUUUAAUUUUUAAUUGCUGUAGAUUAAAUCAGAAGAAGUAGUAAUAUUCCAAGUACAACGUAUAUUUAUGACGACACUUGAGCCUUUAAGUUGGGCGAUAGCUGGACUAAAGUUGUAAUUUUUACGAUAAAUAGAAACAUGAGAAGUAGCAUGAGAUUUUAAGACACAAAAGUUAAGCGGUACCUGGAAUAAAGUUGUAUAUUUACGAUACAUUUUACAAAAAAAGUAGUUAGAUUUUUUUUUUUUCAUUGCGGCUACAUCACUAUUUCAUCUUGGUAGAAUGUUGGUACAAAAACAUCAAAAUAUAUCACCUUUUUUCUCGUAAAAUUAUGACAUCACGCUUGAAAAAAUUUUAAAUGCUACUUUUUCCCCUUAUAAUUUCAACCAAGUUUAUUUAGUAAAAAGGGGUUUUAACUGUUGCAGACUGUACUGGUGCAUCAUUAAAUAGUGCAGCUUUCCUUCUUGGUAAAAGAUUGUUUUUAAUCACAAUUUCUGUUCUCGCUAUUGUCUGAAAUAAUCCAAGGUUUUAUAACGCUUGUUUAUCAAGCACCAUUUGUCAUCCGGUUACCACUCUGCAGGUUUUAUAAACUGUAUUACACAGUUGUCUAAUAAAAAGCACCUACCUCCACGUUUGGCGAGGUUUAUCAGCUAAAAAAAAACACUCUGAAAAUGUGGCGAUACGUGGUUUUGUGUUGACAAUGACUGUAAAUGUAUUUGUGUGUACAUACUCUAAUGUGUGUUUUCCAGAUUCUUACCUGUUAAAUAACAAAAUAAUAUCAAAACAUUCAUGAAUAGAGGGGUUUUGUGUGCUUAAAAACUGUAAAGCACAUGUAUGAUGUGACUAUGAGGACGAAGGGCACCAGAUGAUGGUGUUUUGACAUUUAUUGAUGAUCUGCAUGAAGACAUUCACCAUAUUCAAAUUACCAUAGAUGCAGAAUGUAAAUAAAAUAUGUUUGACACACACACACACAUAAUUAAGUCUUUUUCUUUUUU